AUGAACUUUGUGAAGGUUGCUUGUGGUUCUGCUUUUGGCCUAUUAUUCAGCAAAACCCGGUUUUGCUUCCUUCCCCAGUCAAAAGCCAGUGACUAUGGUCCAGGCUGUGCACCAGUUUACCUCAGUGUGUAUGAUCAGAGAUAUGUUUCCUGGCUUGGACUUGGCAUCUUUGACUCUGGUGUAGAGGUUCAUGGUGAGGAAUAUGCAUUUUGAGACCAUGACUAUCGGGUUGAACCUUGGCAAUCCCCAUUCAAGUCUAUCAAGUUUAGAAAAUCAAUAUUCAUCAGGACAUCCUUGGACCCUACUCAGGUUAGGGAGUUAAUGGAAAACCAUGCGAUAAGCCACAAUGGUGAUGUCACUCGACUUAAGAAUUACAACCACUUCUGCAAUGAUGUUUGUUACAAGCUGGCGGGAAAAAUGAUUCCAAAAUGGGUCAUCUGGCUACCAAAAAUAGGUUCUGCUAGCAACUUACUUCCCGAUGCCCUUAAUGUCACUGCAAUACGUCAUGACCCUAUCUGCCAAUUAUGCGAAAGUGAGAAGUGGAGGUCAAGAAACAACUUCAGUUGCCUGUCUUCGGUAUUGAUAAGGCAGAAGCAGGUUCCCCAUUCUCAUUAUUGUUUUAUUCUUCCUAGGGAGGCUGUCCACUGCCACUCAUCAAAAGGUCUAACAAUGUCUCCUUGAAGGAACGAUGUGAGAAUGCCAGGGCUGAAACUGCAGUGUGAGUAAUCACGAAGCUCUGGGAUGUUCAGUAUCUGAUUUUGUGUAUAAGCUCAAGCACUGUGGCUUCUCAUAUUAUGCUGCUCUGGUUAGAAAAGAAGCUUGUUGCCAAAUUGUUGGACAUGUCUAAGAAAUCCCUAAUUCUAUGCAGAAGGCAAUCAUGUGAAUUCAGAGAGAGUAACCUGUAUACAGUUGGUGAUUCUAUGAAUAAGCGGGGUGCUUGUUCCCUAGGUUUUCCGUACCAAGCUCUUGUAAAGCAUGUGCUAACAUGCUUUGUGCCAAUGGAAUAAGAAAGGAUUCUGCAUGGCCA